AUGUCUCCAAGUCUUAUUAGGAGAAGAAGAAGUGCUACAGUGGUUACCGAAUCAACUCAUAAUAAUAACAAUAGUAAUGGUGGAAUAUCUCACAAUGCUGCAAGAGGUAGAUUUCACAGUGUUUCAUCUGAUAUUAUACCACAAACUUUGGAGGAACAGCUUGAAGAUGCAGGUUCUAGGACUGUACGAUCUUCGUUGAGUCGACCACCUAGUCUGUCGCAUGUUGGGUUUCAAUCUAUCUUUCAAAGUGGGGACCAUCGAAGGUCAAAGCAAAGUUUGUUAUCUAAUGAGUCAGAUACAGAUCGACCCUUGAGGACUUCUGAAAGUAGUGAUAUUGGUUUUGAUCAUUCUUUGAGUGAGGCAAGAAGGUCGAUUGAUAAUAAUUCUUCAAAUAGCAUACAUACAUCGGUAUCAAGUUUAAAGGGCGGAAGACACUCAAGAUUAUUCUCAAGAUCUAAAGACGUGAUAAGCAACAGUGAUAAAUCUGCUAAAUUAACUACUGUAACUAGUAAUAAGAGUGCUACAAGUCAUUCGCAUUCAGUACUCUCUAAUAAAUCAAAUACUCUAUCAAAAGUUGCAAGAAAAUUAUUCCAUAGGAAACAGAAUAGACAUGAUGGCGAUAUAGCAGUAGAACCUGCAAUUCCAACUUCAAUUAAGAAAUUUUUGCAUCCUUCAUAUCUAAGGCAUAGAACUCAAUCACAAUUUAUUCAUUACUCCAAUGCAGUAGUUGAUUCAGCCAGAUCGGUAUAUUCUUUUAGUCCCUCAGGUACCAAUAAUGUACCUGAAAAUAUUUUAUUAAACGAUGAUGAAAAUAUAUCAGCAAAUAAUACAGUAAUGUUACAUGAUUUAUUGAAGAAUUUGCCAUCAUUAGAGGCCAAUUAUAAAAAUUUCAGUAUUCCAGAAUUAACGAUUUUAUCUGGUAACGUUUGGGGUGUUUAUUGCAAUGUUAUUGUCGAAUUAUUUAAAAAUAAAAGAAUAUGGCAGUUACCAGCAAAAAUUGAAGAUAUUAAUAGGGUUUUGGAGUUCUAUGCUUUCCUGAAAACCGAUUCUAAAGUGGCUUCUCCCCAUAGUACAUUUCUAAAUGAAGUCGAGGAUUUUAUCUCAACUUCGCUAUACAUCUUAGAGAAUCAAAUUAUUUUCAAUUAUUCUAAUGAAAAUACUAUGAAUACAUUACUGAAGAGAAUUGGUGUUAUAUGGCAAGUGUUUUAUGAACAGGUUUACUAUGAUGUGAUGUCGGUUUUAUUACCUUUAGAAAAAAGUUUUAAAACUAAUCGAAAGUAUUGGUCAUCGCAAAUGUAUUCAGAUUCUGGAUAUUUUUUAUCAGUAGAUCAUAUUCUUUUAAAGUGUUUUAGAGAUUGUAUUGUACUGCCAUAUUAUCAAAAUUUCAGUCAAACUAACAACGGGAUCAGUAAAAGUUUUCAGAAAUAUAUCUAUAACGAAGAAGCAGAAAAUGGUGUUACAGAUCAUGAUAAAUUGACAUUAUUACAAUGUUUUGGUGUUUUAAGCACAAUUCAAGGCACUGAUAAAGGUCAGAAAAUCAUUGAAGAGCUUCUAACAGGUAUUAGAAUGAGUAUAUGA